CCGGCAAUUCUGAAAAUUUCGAAAAUGCGCGGUAAAGAUACGAUGAACACGUCAUUAGGAUUGGCACGUGAAUACGAACCACCAUUGACUGAUUUGCGAGUGUCAAAUCUAGGAAUUGACCAAACGCACUGCCCAGAGCUUCCAGACCCUCAUCUCGAUCACAUCAUCGGCCAGCAUGGUGUGACUCGGUGUCCACCAGAUCCAGCCCUUUACAAUGGGCUUCAAUAUCCAGGAUACGCGCCAAACUGGGCGCUUCCAGCAGCCUACUGGGACUCCCUCCAGAAGCCGCUGAUCCUCUCGCCACCGAUAUCACCAGAAUUCCAGUGCCCCCUGGACGCCCCACUGGAUCUAAAGGAGCACCCCCAGAAGCCAGAAAUUCCCCUGAACUACUCAACUCUCUACCCCUCCAGUGCACCUCACCUCUCUCACCACCCAAGCCUCCCCCUUCCCCCUCUAAAUCUCCCCAAACUUUCCCCCACAUUCCCAGGCCCCCACUCCCAUCCCAGGACCCAUAAAAAGCCCACGAGAAUUUCGAGUUAUUGCCAGGCCCCUGAAAAUUUCCAUCAAUCCCAGACCUUACUCGACUGGGAGGACAUCGAGAUGUCAGGGCAGUAUCCAGGCCACAGCAGACCUCCAGUGGGCACUCCCCCCCCUCAAACAGUCUGGAACCACUUGACAAUGACUCAGGGUUCAGGACUAAACCUACACCCUACAGCGCUCACAGGAUCUUCCCUCAAUCCAGCCAAUUUCUACACCCACCCCUCAAUGACGAGAUCUAGCCAUCUAACACCCCAGUUAGCCCACACUCAGGCUCCACCGACCUGGCACACCCCCACAGUCCCCUCGAAAUCCGUCAAUUCGUCAAAUCCCCCGGGGAAUCCCCUCUUCAGUCUUCAGAUGUUGGUGGAUAAUCGUCAGAGCCAAAAUCAAUUUCGUGUUUCACCGGGUGCCCAGAGCACACUGGAUCUCUCAUCGACGUCAGAACUGCCUGAGAACUACUCUCGACUGCCCCAGGACAUCCCCAUCAGCCUGACAGCUCGAUCACUAGACAAAAGCUCAAGAAAUGGCAAUAUAAUAUCGCCACCAAUUCCUCUGAAUGGUGAGACCUCCUCGGACUCUGGAAUAUCAUCAUCAGUGCCCACUCCAAACUCCAUAAGUGAGCCAGUAUCUUUGUCUACGAAGGAACCCCUCACAACCCCUAAAAUCAGUGUCAAGAAUUUCGAGAGUAAUCUCAAGGGUGUAGCCAAUCUUCAUGAUAAGAUUAAAGAACUCAGUGCUGAUAAUUUCACCCAGAAGGUCAUUAAUUUACCUCCUAGUGUGACGAUUGAACGAGUAUCUGGGGAUAAGAAGGAGGAACCAGUUAAAAUUAAGGAUUCGUUGAGUGUUAUACCUCAGGGGCGAAAUGUCAUGCCAGUUAUUGUGAAUUUAACGUCGAGGUUGGAUAAGGAUGUCAUCGACAGCCCUAGGAGGGAGCCAUCGAGUGAAAGGGAUCGAAAGGUAGAGGAGUUCAAUGUUAGAUCGCCGAAGAAUCUUCCUAAGAGGGGUAAGAAGGGGGUGGAUUCGCUGCUGGAGAAGCUGGAGGGUGGAAAUAAGAAGCUGGGGACUGAGAACAUUGGAUCGGUGAUUGUGAUGCCUAUAGAGGAUAACAGGGAUGCAUUGAGUGUCAAGAGCAUGUCACCCGAACGUUUUGACAAAUCCAAGUCACCCACGAGGGAAGACGACGUGGUGUCGCCAGCUUUUAGCAAUGACGACUCCAAUGACAACACCAAGCAGAGGAGAAAAAGAAAAUUGGAGAAACCCGUGAGGCUGAGUAAAGACUCCAAAACAGAGGUUGAGGAUAUGGAGCUAGAGCCAAUUGAACCCAGGGACAUAUCGAGGGUCUCCGAGGGGGUGGUUGAGGAGAGACAACCACCUCAGGCCUCACCAGCUGGCUCCAAGGCUGGCGAAAGUGAAAAGGAGAAUAGACUAAUUCAGAGAGCUGAUGCAACUGAUGCCGAGGCCAGGGAAAAGAGUAAGGAUGAGGAGAUUUCAAAAUCUGAAGAGAGUGAACCAGUGAGAAGGAGAAGAAGCAGUGAAGGAUACAGUGGGAAUCCCACAUCCAGGAGUCCCAGGACGAGGAGAAAAUCCAGUGACGAUGUCUCAGAAUUAAAAGGAUCGAGUCCAAAACGCCAACAGAAUGCUAAUCCUUUCAAUGAAGUUGAAUCAGAACUCGAGAAAAUGUUUGCUGGGAUCGUAGAACCGGAGAGUGAAGUGAAGAAAGAGGAGGUGAAGUCUGAGAUUGUGCCAGAAAUAAAGAGCGAAGAUAUGAAGAUCGAGGUUGAUGAGAAGGUCGAACCCAUCGACGUGGACAAGUCGUCUGUCACGUCUACUGUUGAGGCCAAACCUCCACCCAAGAGGGGGAAAAAGGGAAGGGGGAGAGGGAAAAAGAGGAAAGUUGCGAAAUCAGUGGAUCCAUUAUUCUCGGUUGAUGAUCUUCCGGUUAAAGAGACGAAGAAGAGAAAAACGCUGAAAGGUGGCAAAAAGCAGGAUGUUGGAAAGAAAAAGAGUAAGAACAAAAAUUUGAAGACAGACGGGGUGAGGGAAAUGGCGUAUGAUUCUGGGUCCAAUGCGAGUUCAAUUAGGUCUAGGGGACCUGUGGUGCAUGUGGAAGGACCCAGGGACAGUCCUCUUAGUGUUCAGGUUGUCAAUGCUCCAAGGGAGGAGGAGGAGGAGAAGAGCAAGGAGAAGAGGAAGAGUGUGGGUAAUGGAAGUGCUGGGAGGAGCAAGAGACUGAGUCAUCAGAAUGAUUUAGAUUAUCGUGGGAAGGUGAGCAGAGCUGGAUUGUUCAGUUCUACUUUGUCUUCUCGGUAUGAUGCACAUACGACUGACUCCACGUGGAUAUGUGUGUUCUGUAAAUUGGGGCCCCAUGCUGUAGUUCCUGGUGAUCCUGGGAGGCCUCAUCCUAAUUUGGCUGGGCCGCAUAUUGCACCUGGAACGUAUGUCGUGCCUGCUGGAGUUCUCAGUGAUCUCUUUGGGCCUUAUCUUAUUGGGAAUGAACGUCUUGAGGAUGGUAUUCUGUCUGCUGAUGAGCAGGAGAUCAAUACUGAGCAGAAAAAGGGGGGGAGGAACAAGAGGAGCUUGAGGCAUGCUGGGCUAGCUGAUCAGUUCACGGCGAAAAUGGGAAAGAAGAAGAGGAAUUCAGUCGAGAUUAAUGCCACCAUGAUCUAUUCUGGGAUGACUCUUAUUCCUGGGGAGGAACAGCGAUGGGAGGUUUGGCUCCAUGAACAGUGCGCUGUUUGGGCUGCUGGGGUCUAUCUCGCUGGUGGAAGAGUGACUGGACUCCAGGAAGCUGUGUGGGACGCGACAAAGUCGAUUUGCAAUGCCUGUGGGUUGACUGGGGCCAAUAUUGGCUGUGUGAAACGUGGCUGCAAAGCUGUCACUCAUUACCCCUGUGCGCUGACAAAGGGCUGGCUACUGGACACCAAUCAGUAUAUACCGAGGUGUAAUCUGCACAGGGUCACGUGAAAUAAAUUUCAACUCUCUUCAGACGAUAACAAAAAAAAAACCAAAUGAAUAAGCAGCGAAUUUCAUUCGUGCUAUGGACAUUUAUGAAUUUCGUGUAAAUGUACAGUGAAAUUUUGUACAUUUCUCUUUGUUUUGGAUAAUGAAGAAGAAGGGAGGGAUUAAUUUUUGGGACAUGAAGCCCCAAGAAACGAUCAAACUCGAGUGUGUGAUAAUUGUUCUGAGAAUGCGAGGAAAUUCAACAUUUUUGGGAGGUGGAGAAAUAGUGGGUGGUUGAGGGCUCUUCGUUGACUGGAUUUAAUUGACUUUCUUGGCCCGUGGCCUUGAACAGUGGCCUUUUUCGAUUUAAUAUUUAAAAACAAAAAAUGAGAGGAGUAUUGAAAUGAUGGAGAAAUCAAAGAAAUUCAUUUCUUUCAUUAUUUCAUUAUUUUUAUUUACGAUUUUUGUGGGUUACUUUGGCAGCUUUUUUCGAGCAACUGUUAUUUUUUCUCUUGAGUCAAAUAAUUUUUUUGUUUAUUUUCCUUUGGGUUUAUUUUAGCUCUGUCGUAAUCACAAUGUCAGGAGAUUAAUCAAUUUACAAUCAAACGAAGCCUCGGGUUAUGAGAAUUUCUAAGAAAUUUUCUCUCCAAUCUUUCGUUUCUUUUUUAGUUUAUUCAUAGUCAUUCAAAGCUUUAUUCUCAAUUGAUUGUAUUGAUUUUUUGCAUGAUUUGGGUUUUGGUAAUUCAGAUAAUUGUACGUCAAAGUUUCAUCGAGAUGAAUUCCACCAGUGAACGUGAGAAUUCAUUAAAGUCUCGAUAUUGGAGUUCAAAAUUAGCCAGAAUUGUCAGUGAUUUAUAUUAUUUUCGCUGAGAUGCACUUUAAAUUUGUUCAAAUCUACAAUCCAUCGAGCCUUUCAGGUAUACUGACCGAAUAAAUAGGAUUUUUUCUUAUUUCCUUUCGACAUAAACUUGUAAAAAAAAAAACGAUAAUGUAUAGAUUCACAAUGUAAAUAGCAUUUAUCGUGUAGAUGGAAAAACAAAUAUAUCUAUAUUAUACAUACUUAUAUAUAUGUAUCAAUGAAUAUGUGAACUUCAUGAUAGUGAUGAGAAAAUCCCUUGUGAGGUCGUAGCGCUAAUUAUUUCUAAUUAUUAGACAUUAGCGAAGAUGGAAAUAUCAACAACAGAGAUUAAAAAAUUCUUGUAAAUAAUUAGUCGAAAUAGAAUGUGAGGUAAUGAAUAAAAACAAUAAAAAUCAUUGUGAGGUGGAGAAACGAGAAACUUAAUACGAGUGAGAGGUGUGGAAGUGAUUUUUCUGCGGCGUCCGAAUAAAUACAUUAGUAUCUCAUUCAGGAGCAUUGAAGUAAAUUAGUCGAAAUAAUAUGUAAAGCAUUAAAUAUGGGGAAUCGAGAAUUUUCGUGAAUUUGUAUGGGAAAAGUUGAAUAAAAAAAAAUUCUAUAUUUAAAUGAAAAAUAUACGGAACAAAUUUAGUCAGAGUAAAAGCAGAAAAUGAAAAAAAAAUAAUAAUGACUACUAAUGCUUAGAUUUAAUAAGGAAUACAUAUUACAUGGAGAUGAAAACGCUUAUAUUCUACAUUCGUGGAAAGAAACAAAAUUAUUGAAUGAAAAAUCACAUGAGAAAUUUAUCCUAGAGGUGUAUAUUAAUUAUUGUGAUACGGAAAACGAACAAAGAUUAAUGGAAAAUAAUUAUUCUGGAGUGCAUGGACAUGAUUCUCCAGUUAUUUUCUCAAUGAAAUUUUUCUAAUCGUCGACUUUUGUUCUCAGUACAAUUUUAUAUCGAUUAAAGCAUCAAUUCAUCGCCAAACGCACAUGAAAUUCAGUGUCCAGUGCUCCAGAAUAAGAGCGAACAUCUUCGUUGAUUAUGUGAAGAAAAAAAAAACGUUAACCUGUAUAAAACGAAAGAAAAAGACUAAGAAAUCUUAUAAUUUACAGACUAUUAUCAGAGGUCGUAGGCACCGAGAUAAUCCCAGGAUCCAAUUGGAGCCUAUCCCAAUUUGUAUAAAAUUCGAUAACGAAAAUAAUAAAAAAACAAACCGGCAACAAAAUUUGUAAGAUAAAAAUAGACAGAGGUGGGUACUGUUUCAUGGCGCCGUCUGGAAGAGUAGAGGAAGUUUAAUAAGAGACUUUAAAACCCGUAGGUGAAGGCAAAGCCUUCAUACCAGGAAUAGGAAGACAAAGGAGAAGGAGAUAAGAGAACUUAUAAUUAUGUACUGGUUAAAAAUCCAUAGGUAUUUUAACUUCAUUACUUUCUAUUUUAAAAUCCAUCUCACCCACUCCUCCGUUUUUAUAUUAUUUCUCUAUCAUCAUCAUGUAGAAAAUAUUUCAUUAGGAUUAAUAAAUUUUCAUUUCCGUGACCUGGUUUAAUGUUAGUCGUAUGAGAGGAUUGAAAGAGGAUAAAAGUAACAUGUAAAAAUGUUUCUUUUGCUGUCUAUUUAAUUACAUAAUGAUUUAUGGAUUCACAUGGAGGAUUGUAACUUGAUGAUGAUUCAAGUACUAUUAAGUAUACAUACUUUGUGUAACAUAAAUAUAAUGAACUAAUAAAACACGAUAAAAAAUCUUGGAACAGA